UUAGUUAUUUUGUUGCAGAUAAUGAGCAAUAAAAACGAACAAAAUGGUCGCCAGCCACCUCUUCCAGGACAGCCACCGCCUUCGCUAGACAACGAAGUUAACAAUGAAAAUGUACCCACUUCGAAUGAUAAAAUGGAAAUAUGCCGUAAUUUUGUGUGGGGCAGCUGCAAUAAAAACACCCAAUGCAAAUUUCGUCACGAACUUGACUUUGAAGAAAUGAAGAAAAUCUUAAAAUUUUGUCACGACUAUCAGAAUCCACCCGGUUGUACUAGAGAACAUUGCACUUAUCUACAUACAACGAAAGAAGAAGAAAGUUUAUUUUUUUCCACUGGGCAGCUUCCUCGUGUUCUUGCCGAAAGACAUGCUAAUAUGUCGGCUGCUGCAGCGGAAACUAUACCGCAAAUAGCUCUCUUCAUACAGGAGUCCUUCGUAGGGCCUCCGCCACCUCCGCCACCUCCACCUGCCCCCGCUCCAGUAGUUGCUCCAAUACCUGUAGCUCCAGCACCUCUUCCAACUGCCAGACAGGCACCUCCUAUGCUGCCUAUGCAACAAUUGCCGCCUCCGCCGCCACCGCCACCUGUGUCAAAUGCGGUGCCCAUUCAACAGCAUGCAACUGUGUUCCAAGCACCAGCACCAGUGCAGGUAAAUACUCGGGCAUAUGCUAUGAAUACACCGCCACCACCUAUGCUUCUAAUGUUUGAUGCAAGCAGACCACCACCACCAAUACACAGCCAAGUUCCUACAAAACAGAAUGCGAUAAAAAGACCAUCCACUAAUUUUGAGGCCCAACCGAAGAAAAGGAAGGUGGAAGAGCCGAAAGUCGCGGAUGCUCACUGCGUUCAGUGCGUGCAGCGUGAUAUCAGAGUGGAAACUUGUAAACAAGAAAUGGACAAAUUAUGUAGUGAAGAGGAGUAUAAUACCUUGAUCUACAAAAAGAAGUUGGAGGAAUACCAAAAUCGUAAAGAAUUGUUACGGUCAUUAGUUAGUAAUGAUCUUUUCAGACUCAUAGAAGAAUAUGUAGAAGGUGUACCACAACUUCAUGUUCACGACGUCCUAACACAGCUCAACCAAACGCCCUUUGUUUCGGGGACAUCUAGUGUACCAAAACAGUUUUUACUGCAGUUAAUGGAGUAUGUUCUGGAAAAUUCAAGAGUUGACGCAGUUCCUUCGUCUGCUCUUCGCUUAGAUGAGUCCUUAUUGCAAAGUUUGUCAAGGAGGACAAACUCUGUCGGACUUUCAUCCCCAGAUGUCUUACAGACGUUUAUGGAAAUCCUUAGGCAGUCAAAUGCCCCUGAACGUGUUCAAGCGACCGAAGUGCCCGGAACUAUACCGAGAUGUAGUACAUUGACGACCAGUACUAGCACGAAUGGCCUACAAUGCUUCUCAAACGGGCAGAGUCGGAAGACACAAGUGAACCGAAUGGCACCACCGCCGCCGCAAGUAGCUCCACCUCCGCCGCCGCCCUACCACCACUAUCCGGCACCGCCUGCUAGGCUAUAUUACCCGCCGCCAUUUCCUGUUCCAUCUACAGGAGGUGCUGUCGCCGCCAGCCAGCUGACGCGAGCGCCGCCUCCCCCCGCGCCGGCACCGCCCCCCGCGCCCGCGCCUCCCCCGGCUCCCUCUUGCCAUCCGUACAUUGCGACUAGGUACCCUCCGCCGUUUUACCAGCGUCACUAGUAGCGGAAAGAACUUGAAUAUACCGAAUGUAAUAGUUGUAAGGGCCCAAACUAGAAUAAGCUCAAAUGUGUUAGAUUUUAUUUUAAUUAUAAUUGACAAUGAAGUGUAAGUGUAAGGA